UUACAUUCAAAGAAAAAUUCAGGGCGUGAAAGUACGCUUUCAUUUCACAAAUGGGAGGAGGAACCGAAGCUUUCCCAGAUUUGGGUCAACACUGCCAGCACCCAGAUUGCCAUCAACUCGAUUUUCUCCCUUUUAAAUGCGACGGUUGUCGAAAUGUCUUCUGUUUAGAUCAUAGAUCGUACAAGAAGCACGAGUGGCCGAAAUCUGACCACAACAGCAGAAAGGUUGUCGUUUGCGAGAAUUGCGAGAUGUCGAUUGAGACAACGGGGCGGGAUGGAGAGGACGAGAAGGUGAUGUUGGAGAGGCACGAGAAGUCAGGGAGUUGCGACCCCAAGAAGAAGAACAAACCGACGUGCCCCGUAAGGCGUUGCAAAGAGAUAUUGACAUUUUCGAAUACAAAUACGUGCAAGAUUUGCCGGGUGAAGGUGUGCUUGAAGCAUCGUUUCCCGGUCGACCAUGCGUGCAAGCAGGCAAGGGUGUCUAGCGGGCCUUGGAAUGGGAAAUUCAUGGCAGCUUUGGCUUCGAGGAACGCUGGGGAUUGUGCCGACCGGAUGAUGAAAAUGUUUUUAAAAUAAUU